GUAACAAACACCACCAGAAGAACACCACCAGAAGUAUCAGCUGAACACAAUACAAAUUAACUUCCACAUAUAUACAAACGAAGAUUCAAACCCUAGUUUUGUUUUUGAUCGACAAAUAUUCUUCAGGUUGAUCUUAUACGGCUGUCUUUAGUUGUUAUCCGAUAGAGGACACAGAAUCCUUUUCUGAACCAACAAGUUAAACCGAGAUUUGUUGUUGCUUGGAUGAACUGAUGCGAACUUUAUAGCAUGGACUCGCACCAGGUUUUUGGUUAUAGUGUGACUGGUGCAGACUUAUCAUACUCUUCUUAUACAACUAUUCCAUCAACUCCUAUUAGGCUGCUUGGGUCUUUGAAAUUUGAUCCAACAGACUUGCCUAAUUCAUCUUUUGUUAAUCAUUUUGAUACUGGGGCCCUUCCUACUUUGAGUGACAGUCAAGAGCAGCACAGUUCCUCCCAGAAUUUUUCAGCAGCUAGCCCUUCCUGUAACUCUUCGCUGGAUUAUAGCCAUUACUUCCAAGAGUUAAGCCCUUCUUUGGACUGUUGUCAAGACGGUCUACUUCGUUGUCCUAGUGGAAGUCCUUUACAGAAUGCACAUCGUGGUCACAGUAUAGAACACACGCUGCAGGAGUUAGAGACUGCUCUGAUGGGUCCCGAUGAUGAAGUGGAAAGGACCAUGCCAAAUCCUUCUUUAGGGGAAAAUGAGGGCCCACAAACAUCGGGUCUGAGGUCUAGAGCUUGGAGCGACCAACAUCAGGAGUCCCAUGUGGUUCAAUCUCAGUCUUAUGCUUCAAUGUCUGGUAAAUCAGGCGACAGAGUUCAUACUGAGAAGCGUCACAGAGAACUGGAAGCAGCAGAUUUGCAGGGUAUCCCUCCUGGUAAUCUUCGAGAGUUGCUUAUUGCAUGUGCCAGAGCUCUCUCUGAACAAAAACUAGAUGAUUUUCAGGAAUUGAUUGAACAGGCUCGGAGUGCUGUGUCUAUUAGUGGAGAGCCUAUCCAGCGUCUUGGUGCAUACAUGGUAGAAGGGCUGGUAGCAAGGAAAGAGGCAUCAGGCACUGCCAUUUAUCAGUCCCUCAGGUGUAAGGUGCCAGAAGGCAAGGACUUGCUUUCUUACAUGCAUAUCCUGUAUGAAAUAUGCCCCUACUUAAAGUUUGGUUACAUGGCUGCAAAUGGUGCCAUUGCUGAAGCGUGCAGACAUGAAGAUCGCAUCCACAUCAUAGACUUUCAAAUUGCUCAGGGGACUCAGUGGAUAACACUCUUACAAGCUCUUGCAGCUAGACCAAGUGGCCCCCCUCAUGUGCGGAUCACAGGAAUUGAUGAUCCAGUUUCUAAACAUGCCCGUGGUGACAGUUUGGAGGCAGUAGGCAAAAGGUUGGCUGUGAUUUCUGCGAAAUGCAAUAUCCCAGUUGAGUUUCAUGCACUGCCAAUGUUUGCUCCAGAAGUCACAAGGGAUGUGCUGGGCGUAAGGCCUGGGGAGGCGCUGGUUGUAAAUUUCCCUCUGCAGCUCCACCACACCCCUGAUGAGAGUGUUGAUGUGAGAAAUCCACGGGAUGGGCUUCUGAGGAUGGUGAAGUCUCUUUCUCCCAAGGUGAUCACUUUGAUAGAGCAAGAAUCAAACACAAACACAGCUCCUUUCCUCCCUCGGUUCAUAGAAACUCUAGACUACUAUUUGGCUAUGUUUGAGUCAAUCGAUGUCACGCUGCAAAGGAACAGGAAGGAGCGAAUUAAUGUGGAGCAGCACUGUUUGGGUAGAGACAUGGUGAACAUUAUAGCUUGUGAAGGCAAGGAUAGGGUAGAACGUCAUGAGCUCUUUGGCAAGUGGAAGUCCAGAUUGACAAUGGCAGGGUUCCAACAAUAUCCUCUGAGCUCUUACGUUAACUCUGUAAUAAGGAGCUUGUUAGGGUGUUACUCUCCGCAUUAUACACUGGUGGAGAAGGAUGGAGCUAUGUUGUUGGGGUGGAAGGACAGGAACCUGGUCUCGGCAUCUGCAUGGCACUAACAAUUGAGAACAGGGGAACCACUCGGAGGUACUAAGAGACCCGUAGUUUAUAGACUAGCAAUGACGUACAUGUUUACAUGGUACUCAAGAGUAUGAUAACAAUCUAGCAUCAGCCAUUGGAUUAAUUUGAGGAUGUCAUGUGCUAUUGUUAUGAAAUCUCGUCGCAGAAAUAUGUGAUCAUAUUGUAUUUUCAUCCAAUCAAAGCAUUUUCUUUUCACCUAUGUUAAAAUUAUUGACAUACUUGUUGAGUUAUAUGCAAGAU